GUUGAUCUCGUGGUGAAUCAUAAUGUGCCACGAACACCGAAAACGUACGUGCAUCGUGUGGGCAGAUCGGCUCGUGCCGGCCGGGUCGGAGGUGCCAUAACGUUCAUAACGCAGUACGAUGUGGUGCUGCUGCAGGAGGUCGAGAAGCUGGUCGGCAAAAAAUUGGAUAAAUUAAAUGUUUCUGAUAAAAAGGUUACGCAGUAUGUUACGCAAGUUUUGGUGACGAAACGAGAAGCUGAAAUCAAGCUGGAUCAGCAGAAUUUUGGCGAGAGGAAAGAGAUCAAUAAACGGAAG